AAGAGGAGGGUCCCAGCUCUUCCUCAGGCCCCUGGGGCUUCCUUAAGUAGCUGAGCAGGAGCUGAAACACAGAAUCCCAAGCUCCACGCGUGCACCCAAGAUGAUGUCCUAUGGAGAAAGGCUGGGGGGCCCAGCUGUCUCCCCACACCGAGUCCGAGGCGGACACGUGAUACAUGGGACAGCCUUUGCCUAUGUGCCCAGCCCUCAGGUCCUGCAUAGGAUCCCAGGGACCUCCGCCUACGCCUUCCCCAGCCUGGGCCCUGUGGCCCUUCCUGAGCAUGGCUGCCCCUACGGAGAGGUUCUGGAGUGCCAUGACCCCCUGCCUGCCAAGCUGGCCCUGGAGGAGGACCAAAAGCCAGAGCUGGGCCUGGUCCAGAAGCUGCGCCAGGUUGGCAUGACAUUCCUCAAGGUGCCACUGAUGCUCGCCUUUUUGUACCUCUUCGUCUGCUCCUUGGACGUGCUCAGCUCUGCCUUCCAACUGGCUGGAGGGAAGGUGGCUGGUGACAUCUUCAAGGACAACGCUAUCCUGUCCAACCCAGUAGCGGGGCUGGUGGUAGGGAUCCUGGUGACGGUGCUGGUGCAGAGCUCCAGCACCUCCACGUCCAUCAUUGUCAGCAUGGUCUCUUCUGGCUUGCUGGAAGUGAGCUCUGCUAUCCCCAUCAUCAUGGGCUCCAACAUCGGCACCUCUGUCACCAAUACCAUUGUGGCAUUGAUGCAGGCGGGGGAUCGGACUGACUUCAGGCGGGCCUUUGCAGGGGCCACAGUGCAUGAUUGCUUUAACUGGCUGUCAGUUCUGGUCCUGCUGCCCCUGGAGGCUGCCACUGGGUACCUGCACCAUGUUACUGGGCUGGUGGUUGCCUCUUUCAACAUUCAUGGCGGCCGCGAUGCCCCUGAUCUGCUCAAGAUCAUCACAGAGCCCUUUACCAAGCUCAUCAUCCAGUUGGACAAGUCUGUGAUUACCAGCAUUGCCACUGGUGACGAGUCCCUGAGAAACCACAGUCUCAUCCGGAUCUGGUGCCACCCAGACCCCAUGGGGGUUCCGACCCUUAUGCCCAGGGCAGAGGCGAACAUCAGCAGGAUGCCUGGAAAUGCCUCCAUGGAGAAAUGCAACCACAUCUUCGUGGACACAUGGCUGCCUGACUUGGCUGUGGGGCUCAUUCUGCUGGCCAGCUCCCUGAUGGUCCUGUGCACUUGCCUCAUCCUCCUUGUCAAGAUGCUCAAUUCUCUGCUUAAGGGCCAGGUGGCUAAGGUCAUUCAGAAGGUUAUCAACACUGACUUCCCCGCCCCCUUCACCUGGGCCACAGGCUACUUUGCCAUGGUGGUGGGCGCCGGCAUGACCUUCAUUGUCCAGAGCAGUUCUGUGUUCACUUCAGCCAUCACCCCACUUAUUGGCCUGGGUGUGAUCAGCAUCGAGCGGGCCUACCCCCUCACACUGGGCUCCAACAUCGGCACUACCACCACCGCCAUCUUGGCCGCACUGGCCAGUCCCAGGGAGAAGCUGUCUAGUGCUGUCCAGAUUGCCCUCUGCCAUUUCUUCUUCAACAUCUCGGGCAUCCUGCUGUGGUACCCGGUGCCCUGCACACGCCUGCCUAUCCGCAUGGCCAAGGCGCUGGGUAAACGCACUGCUAAAUACCGCUGGUUUGCUGUCCUCUACCUCCUCCUGUGCUUCCUGCUGCUGCCCUCGCUGGUGUUUGGCAUCUCCAUGGCAGGCUGGCAGGCCAUGGUGGGUGUGGGCACACCAUUUGGGGCUCUGCUGGCCUUUGUGGUGCUCAUCAGUGUCCUGCAGAAUCGCAGCCCCAGACACCUGCCCAAGUGGCUGCAGACAUGGGACUUCCUGCCCCGCUGGAUGCACUCCCUGCAGCCUCUGGACCGCCUCAUCACACGUGCCACUUUGUGCUGUGCCAGGCCCGAGCCUCGCUCCCCACCGCUGCCUGCCAGGGUCUUCCUGGAGGAGAUGCCCCCUGCCACACCCUCCCCCCACCUGGCACUGCCUGCUCGACACAAUGCCACCCGCCUCUAGCCUGCAGCCCAAAACUACCCCAGGGGCCGGGGAAGGGCCUGUGCUUGGUGCCACUGUAGAAGGGCAAAGUGGUGUGUCUGUGCACUCUGGGCAUGGGCCUGUCCUUGUGCAGCUCUUCAGAGGUCUGAGCUUGUGUGACUGAGAGUCAGUGUGUAUGCGUGUGUGGGCGUGUUCAAGUGAGACUGUGUGUCAUCUUGCAUGUGUGUACUAAAGCACCUGUGGGGGGCUGUGUGCAGGCUAUGGGGCACCUGGUGAAAUUUUUGAGUCCUUUGCCCACAAGAAGAUCUAGUUCAGAGGCCUGUGUUUGGUUUUCCUGUACACGCAAGUCCAACUCGGUGCAGCAGGAGUAAGGGUGUGUCUGAGGACAUGACUUGCAGCUGUUUGCUUGUGCAUAGAUGUGGGUGCCUGAGUCACUGGCUGAGUUCUCACCCCUCCCUGUCACCUUCCUUCCUCCAUGAUACCAUCCUGCUCAUCCUCACCCAGUUGUUCUGCAGCACCGCUACAACUCCCUUUCCCAAUACUUCGUGAUGAAAAAGGAAUUAAAUUCUCAUUUGCAUUUAAAAA